AUGACGGAGUCAGUUAACUGUGUCAAUAGCAUCAACAACAACAACAACAACAACAACGGCGAUGAUGAUGAUGAUGAUGAUGAUGAUGAUGAUCUCUUUGCUGUUUUUGAUACACCAGGAGCAAAAGAAGAGUCUAUCAAUUCUCAUUCCGCAGCGCUACCACUCUCUGGCAGUUAUGAGAACAAUAACAUAAUAGGAGGAAACGUUGAGUCUUUUCAACGUACACAGAGCAGUAUUAGUAGUGUUUCCAUUACAGAGGUCUUAAACAAGGCUACAACAUCAACAUCAUCAGCAGCAGCAUCUAUUAUGAGUAUCGUUCAAGGAACUUCAAACGAGAGUCUUGUAGACGAUAUUGACACAGUCGGACAACGGCAACAUCGUCCCAGAGCGACACUUGUAAAAGAACCUAAAAGUGGAAUAAAUAUUAGUCGACCUACAAAAAGCUGUGAACAACUUCCUGUUAUAUUAGUUCAACAUCCUUUCCGCACGUUUACAGAAGCACGUCGUAUCCUUAAUGGAGGAGAUACACAACAAUCACUAAUGAUUAUUGGAGUAGUAACGCGCAAGACAGAUCCAAAACAAAAAAAUGGAAAACAUGCUUAUGGGGUUAUAUCUCUUUGGAAUAUGCAAGGACCUUUUCCUACACCAAUAGAAGAAAUGGCUAUUUUGUUUGGUGGAUCAGCAUUUGAUGUACACUACACUAAACUUGCAAAUGGAGUAGUUCUAGGACUUUCGGGAGUGCAACGAAUGGAGAAUCGAGGGGGAACAUCCUCCUCUACCUCUUCUUCUUAUACUUCUACUACUGGAAAUUCUAAUAAUGAUAAUGGUUCACAAAUGUUAAAGGUGGUGACGAGUGAGCAGGUACGUGUACUUGGUUAUGCAGCGGAUCUUGGAACAUGUCAGGGAAUUCAACAACGUACAGGUGAACAUUGUAAUUACAUGGUGAACAGUGCGUUAUCAAAAUACUGUUCUCACCAUGCGAUGAAUCUUCGCCGCGAGGCACGUGGUAAUAUUUCAGUUAAUACAACAACAACAACAACAACAACAACAAAGAUGCAAACCCCAUGGGGUACCAAUCGUUCUUCUUCUUCUUCUGUUAAUGCUGCCCUUCCUGCAGGUACAACACGUGUAAAUCUUUCAUCACUUAAUCCUGCUAUGCCAACCGCAUCAAAAAGUACACUACAAGCCCUAGCGAGGCAACAGCAGGGAUUUUUAACGGUAAAGGGAUCCUGUGGUCUUCCCACACAUUCCCCUUCGGCUUCCGAUGUGAGUUCCGCUGGUGGGGCCUACGCGGGUGUAGUGGCCGGCCGGGCAUUGCCAGUCACCGGCAUUUGUCGAGAUACAACGCGGGUGUUUAAUACACCAACAGCACUCGGAGUGACCUCGCGAGGUCGGGCGGUGCUGGCCGCCGCAGUAGACCAAGAGGAUGCGAAAGAAACCCAACGACUACUACAACGAGCCAUGGGAAGAAAUGAAACAGGAGUAAAACGAACUCGAAGUGAAAGUGUAAAAAGUACAUUAACGUCAGCUAUACAAAAUAAGUUACCAACAACCACAGCAACCACAGCAAGAACAUCAUCAAAUACUAUUUCAAGUACAGAAAAGGAAUUGGAGGCUAUUCGUGCACAGUAUGCUCCUUUAACUAGUGAUAGCUCAACAGCCUUUGCACCGAUGCGUGGUGGUGGUGGUUUCAAUGAAGUUCUUCUUCGCCGUGAAGAUUACGCGAAUCAUGUUGUUACGAAGCGAUCAAACGGCACAACAAGUGCUCUCGUCUCUACUGUGGCACGUCAACUUCGAAAUGACGGUCUUCUUUCAAAAAGUGGAUCAACUCUCACUAAUGAAGAACAACAGAGGCAAUCUGGUAAUGCUCCUCGACCUGUUUCACUGCUUGGAGUAGUGGCUGGAUCUAUGCAAAGUACAAACGAAGAACUUCGUAAAAUAAAUGUCAAACAACAAUUUGAACAACGUAUGGAACGUCGUCUCACACAGGAUAAAGCUUUAGAGGCACUUUCAAAGAUUACAGAACAAAAAGUAAAAUGCGUUUUUUGUCGUCAAUGUGAUCGUUGGUAUAUGAAACGUAAUGAACGUUGUAAAAUGCUUCAUCAUACCUUGAUAGCAGGUGAAACAACUAGACAUUUCAUUGAAUGUGAACAUUGUUCUUAUAAGACUACUGUGCUUGGUGAUGCGCGACCAUCAAAGAUAAUUCCGCGUUGCCCACGUUGCUCUGCUGCCUCUGUGUGGCGGCCAAGUAAUGCAGCCCCGGAGUUGGCAGCACCGAAAGAGGUUCCUCCACAGCUGUAA